AUGUCUCAUACUCUUAGAGGCCAAUGGCCUCAGAUUGGUGCUACAGGGCUUCGCAUUGCAUCGCAUCGCAUCGUCUUGUCUAUGGAGGUUUGGCCUGGCCAAAGCUGUCGCACAAGGAUGGGCGAGGCUGUUAUAGCUGGAAACGCGGAAGCCAAGAUCAAGCGCUCUGAUUUCCCCAAGGAUUUUGUUUUUGGUUCUGCAACAUCGGCUUAUCAGGUUGAAGGUGCUUGGAAAACAGGUGGAAAAGGCCUCAGCAACUGGGAUGUCUUUUCAAUGAGAACACCUGGUAAAAUUCAUGGUGGAACAAAUGCUUGUACUACUAUUAAUCAGUAUAACAGGAUCAAGGACGAUGUGGCUUUGAUAAAGAAAGUGGGUUUGGAUUCUUAUAGAUUUUCAAUUGCAUGGACCAGAGUACUACCCGGAGGAAGAUUAAGCGCGGGCAUAAACCAAGAAGGAAUUGACUACUAUAAUAAGAUCAUAGACUUGCUUCUCGCCAAAGGAAUUGAGCCAUGUGCAACUAUUUUCCAUUGGGACGUGCCCCAAUGUUUGGAAGAUGAGUAUGGUGGCUUCUUAAGUUCUCGAAUUGUGAAUGAUUUUUGUGAGUUUGCCGAAGUUUGCUUUUGGGAAUUUGGUGAUCGGGUAAAAAAUUGGAUCACCCUGAAUGAGCCAUGGUCCUUUGCUAUUCAAGGUUAUGUGACGGGUUACUUUCCUCCUGGUCGGGGUCAAACUACAAUAGAGCCAAUACAGGCUACAAUAAAGCCGAUAAAGGCUAUCCCUCUUCAUAGAUGUAAACCUGGGGCUCCAUUUACUCUUUGCUCCGAAGGAAAUCCAGGCAUAGAACCAUAUAUUGUGGCACACAAUUUGAUCCUUUCACAUGCAGAAGCUGUUGAUAUUUAUAGGCAAAGAUAUCAGGCACAUCAAGAGGGCAAGAUAGGGGUAACAAAUGUCUCACAGUGGUUUGUGCCACUCAAUGACACCAAAGAUGAUGAGAAGGCCGCUUCAAGGGCAAUCGAUUUUAUGUUGGGAUGGUUUGUAGCACCGAUAGUAACAGGUGAUUACCCACUAACUAUGAGGGAAAGAGUUGGAGAACGUCUUCCUAAAUUUUCACCUGAACAAAAAAAGUUGGUGUCGGGAUCCUACGAUUUUUUAGGCAUAAAUUAUUACACUUCUAUUUAUGCUAGCAAUUCACCUAGGAAACCUGGUACAAAACCGAGUUAUGAAACUGACCAGGAAAUUUCAUUAUCAGAUAAACGUAAAGGGGAGCCUAUUGGUCCAAAGGGCGGUUCGGAUUGGUUGAAAAUUGUUCCAUAUGGAAUUUACGAGUUAUUGGUUCAUAUGAAGAAAACAUAUAAUAAUCCCAUCAUUCACAUUACUGAGAACGGGGUGGAUGAAGUGAACAAUACGGAACUAACAGUUUCUCAAGCUCGGUUUGAUGACACAAGAAUAAACUAUCACGUAGACCAUCUCUUUUACGUUAAAAAAGCAAUGGAUGAAGGUGUACAAGUGAAGUCUUACUACAUAUGGUCAAUGUUCGACAAUUUUGAAUGGGCCGCAGGAUUCAGUGUUAGAUUUGGCAUGUUUUAUGUAGAUUAUGUUAAUGGACAUUUGACAAGAUUUCCAAAAGCUUCUGCUAUAUGGUUAAUGACUUUCCUGAACAAGAAGCAUAAGCGUGGGACAUUGAAGAGUCACGUUCAAGAAGAAGAAGAAGAAGAGUACGGCCCUGUGCAGUCUUCUCACGUUUCAUUUUAA